AGGAGAAAGCACACACACACCUACACACAGAGGGAGAGGGGAAGACUGGACAGAGACAAAAACCAGGGCAGGAACUGAGGAAGAGAAGGGGGACCUUAACAUUUUUCUUCACAUAACUAGAAACAUAACGUGUCCCCCAACAAGUUGUACAUGAUACGAUCUUCGUCUUGCAGAAUUGUGUGGUCUGGAAAUCCCUAAGUAGCUCAGCUGGACUGUGAACUCACCAUGUUUAUCCACUGUGAACUGGUCGUAUUGAUACUGGCACUGACUCUUGAUGGUCAAGCUUCUGCAGUUUACGGAGGACAUGAGGCUGUGGCACAUAGCAGGCCAUACAUGGUGCUGUUGGAGCGGCACAUGCAGAAUGGUGAAACAUCUUACUGUGAUGGCUUCCUUCUGACUGAGGAUUUUGUGAUGACUGCAGCGCACUGCCAAGCCAAGUCCUUCACAGCGUUACUAGGUGUUCACAAUGUCCGUAACAGUAAUGGAAUACAGCGUAUAUAUGUGAAAGAUACGUUUCCACAUAAAGACUACAGUGCAACUGAAUUAAUAAAUGACAUAAUGAUUCUUAAGUUGAGCUCUAAGGCAAAUUUCAGCAACAAUGUGAGACCCAUUGCUCUCGCAGACCGAGGUGAUGGCUCUCUGCCAAAAUCAUGUUCAGUCUCUGGCUGGGGAAGAAAUGACAGAAACUCAAAAUAUAUGUCUUUGAAACUCAUGGAAGUCAGUGUAACACUCACUGACAAUGAGCUGUGUCGUGGGAAAAAGAUUUACUGCUCUGAGGGAGAGGCUGGACCGGGUGAGGGAGACUCUGGUGGUCCGUUAGUCUGUGAAGAUGGAAAGGCGUACGGGGUGGUGUCUUCCUCACACAAAACAAACCCAGAUGGCCCGUAUGUCUACUCCUACACUAAGAUACCUGAGAAAAUGGACUGGAUUAAACAGAUUAUUGGACAUAAUGGAAAGUUCUAAUGUAUCAGAUCACAACAUUUGAAUUUCAGGUUAGUUAGCUAGUAUCUCUUCUGAUUCCAUUAUCACAGAGACCGCUAAAUUGCUUGUUUGCUUGUUUUGCACAACUUUAAUCAAAAUAUGCUUUGCACGAUCUGUACAAGCUCCUCCCUGCCCAGUGUCAGCUGGGAUAGACUCCAGCAUCCCCGUGACUCUUAAUGGAUAAGCGGUAUAGCUAAUGGAUGGAUGCUUUGCUUUAAUGAUAUCUUUAAAAAAAAAUUUUUUUUUACUUGCUGCUGCUGCAGUGGGUGCAUAUCUGUCAGUAAACUUUAGGUUAUUGUAAGGAAAUUAGACAUUUGUGAGUUUUCAAGCAUGAAUUUAAACAAACCAAUCAUGACACAUACUGUAAAUCUAGUUCACAGUGUUCUCUCAGUACCUCUGUACACUCCUCUUGUACAAGCACAUUUUGGUUUCAAUUCUGAGAUUGUUUAAGUGUUAAAAAGUUCACUUUGCUUUAUUACCACUCUAUAUUUAGCUGGAACAUGCUUAAUCCCAAUGAAUGUAAUAUGAGGCUGCAAUGAAACAAAUACAUCAUAAUGUAUUAUCAGUAUAUUUGUACCGAGAAAAAUGUGAGGACAGAAUCAUCCUGCUGUUGGUCAUUAAUGGUGUUUGUCAUCUGUAUUAGUGUCACAUGAAAUUUAUACUUAUACAGAAACAACUGAAGCAAGGUCUGCUGCCAACACCAAGAGGUGUGUAUCAGGAGAGACAGGUGGUGUCAGGAUAACACAGGUGUAGCACACACUUUCUCAGAUGAGAACACAGGAUCAUCUGAACUUGUUUUGUUCCAUCUUUUUAAACAAUAAACUGUUGCUCUCUCA